AUCAACUCAGUUGCAACUUCCUCAACAACAACAGUUGUAGCUACCCCGCAAUCAAAACCACCUCAUUGUUGAGACCUACACCACACUUCACAUACAUCACGUUCCAAGAAUACCGCCAUAAUGGUCAAGACCAUCUUCGGAGGAUACCCUGUUUCAGACAGUGGCAUCUUCAACACACCAGAAGACCGCGCCAAGCUCAUCGACGCUCUACUUGCCAAUGGCGUUAAGAACAUUGACACAGCACGUCUCUACCCCGGCUCCGAGGUAGCUAUCGGCCAGCUCGAGAAGCGUAAGGAAUUCACCAUCGACACAAAGAUCCCCAGCGGCUUUGCUCCCGGCCGAAGCGGCAAGGACGAGGUAAUUGCAGACACGCAAGACUCUCUGGACCAGGUUAAGAUCGACCAAUUCGAUAUCUACUACAUCCACGCACCCGACACAAGCGUCCCCUUUGAGGAGACCCUUGCCGGCAUGAACGAAGCCUACAAGAAGGGCAUCUUCCGCCGCUUCGGUCUUAGCAACUUCUCCGCCGAGCAAGUGCAGCAAGUGUACGACAUCUGCAAGAGCAAGGGCUACCCGCUCCCCGCCGUCUACCAGGGCAACUACAACCCCGUGGCCCGCCACUUGGAAACAAAACUCUUCCCCACACUCCGCAAGCUCGGCAUCAACUUCUACGCUUACUCGCCCCUCGCCGGUGGCUUCCUCACAAAGACAGCGGCGGACCUCGAUGCGGGAGUUGGCCGCUUCGACAAGAACGCGCUCGGUGGCUUGUACAGCGGCCUUUACGACAAGGAGCCUCUACGUGAGGCGCUCCUCAAGUGGAACGAGCUUGCGGAGAAGGAGGGCGUCAGCAAGGCUGAGUUGGCAUACCGAUGGAUGGCAUCUCAUAGUGCGUUGACAGAGGAGGAGGAUGGCAUCAUCUUUGGUGCUAGCAAGGUGUCGCAAGCGGAGCAGACCGCUCAGUGGCUGAAGAAGGGUAAGCUUAGUGACGAGGUGGUCAAGGGCAUCGACCAGGUUUGGGAAAGUGUCAAGAAGGUUGCGCCUGUUGACAACUAUCACGGUGCUGAAAACUAGGGGUUAGUGGUGAAAGGGCUGGCAAGGCAUGGUAAUAACAUGGGCAUAUGAUCGUUACCAACGAUAGCCGACCAAGCGAAUGUAGAAAAAUAAUGAAUAGUAUAACUUAA